UUGCUGGGAACACCACGACAGAAAUAUCUGUUGUAUGUUAAACGCAACUUGAAAUUGCUUCACUCACAGUGCUGCUUGAAAAACGAAGCAUUUAAAAGAAGCCGCGCAUUGUGUUAAAUUUAGUUUUAAAUGUGAUCUUUGAUGAGCAUUGUUAUUUAUAAGAGUUAUAACUUAUAAUUAGAUGUGUGAAAUAUUUGUAAUUUUGUUGGCGAACAGUAAGUGGAAGAAGUGUAUUUCUGUGCGGUGAUUUUAGAAAGUUAACAAAAUGAGUGUUACGUAUUCACCCCUUCGGGACGCUGAUCGUGUUAACACUGUAGGAAACAUUGAUUUAGCCCCCAAACAUAAUACAGAACCCGCAGCGGCUCCUCUAUUGAAUCCCUCUGCACCUCUCGCUAGAAUUGAACUGGAUGAAGACCUAGAUGAUAGAGAAAUCGUUUCAAAACCCUACCCAGGGGUGGACGACGGAUUUUUCACAGGGAAAGACAAAAACGAUCAUCCCGACGUUGAAACUAUAAACCCAGAACACCCAAAACAACCUGAUCCAGACGUGGAAAUCAUCCCAACCCAUCCAAAAGAUCCGGAACCCAUUGAGCCUCCUCAUGAGAUUCCUGAUGUAACUACAAGGAACGGUUUUCCUGGUGGUAAUACUGACGAUAUCGACGGGAAACAUGACAAUUCUAAUAGGCCCUUGACUCCUUCUACAGGUAAACCAACUUUUCCCUAUGCCCCAGGGUAUGGAUUUCCCUAUGGGCAUGACUUAGAAGUGGGUAGCAUACCCGGUGACCCAGAAUCUAUACCUGAUGUGAACGUUUACCAACACAAGAAGACUUUGGCUCAAGGCAUGAUGGACUUGGCUCUGUUUUCGGCCAACGCAAACCAAUUGAGAUACGUUUUGGAGAGCUUUAACCGUCAUCCUUACUACUACCCGAGCUUAGGAUUGAUCUCAGUUAGCUUAAUAUUACAAGUUGCUGUGGGAAUAGGUCUCAUUUGGAACGCAACUUACAACGUAAAGGAUGAGAAAGAAAUUUGUAUAGCAAACAAAAUUAGCAAUUUUACAAUAAUUGGUAUAUUUUUAGUAACGGUAAUCAAUGUAUUCAUAUCUGCAUUCGGAGUUGCUAAUCCGCCUUGAUUUUUUUAGAUAACUAAGUGGUACCUAACUGAUUCUAUUUUAAAUAAAUGUAAAUGGAAAGUGUUCAGGGUAAUGCAAUUUUACAUUCAGAUGCUUCGGGAAUGACGUCUUGCAUUACUUUUGAAAUAUUAAUUAUAAGAAACAUUUUUCUUAUUUUAUCGUUAAGUAAGUUAAAAAUGUUUACAAAUUUGAAUAAAAAACAUUGCUAAUUUUCUCAGGGAUUAAUGCAAAAAAUUAACAGGUAAUUACUUGGAAACCUUUGACAAGGAAGCUUCAAAAAAAUGGUUUAAAGCGGUCGGCUUUAUUAUUCCAAUAAAUUACAGAUAAUACCUAUUAAUCUUUUAGUUUACUGCCAAUGAGAAAAUCCGUUAAAAGUAAAAGUCAUGUAAAGGACACAAUUUAAAAAUGUCAGUUUCUUCAUAACUUACCGGAA